UACAGUCAGUACUGUUUCCAACCCGUAGUACCGUAGGGUGGCUGUUAGGGUCACUAUCGCUAUCACUAAUAUUAUAUACUAAUUAUUUGUAAUAGUAACAGUAACAUCAUACAGUCUGUGCGGUGUUUUACGGUAUGGUGCUCCUUACAGUCAACUUGCUUUAACAUAGCUCAUUAUAAUUUCACGAACGCAGACAAUAGCGCGGAAAUGGGGUUGAGGCGUGGACGGAACAAACGCCAGUUCCUGGUGGACUGCAGACACUAAACAAUAUUCCUAAAAAAUAACUUUUAUUAAUUAUUUAAAUAUUUAAAUAUUUAAAUCCAAAUGACAGCGCAUUUUUAUUUAUAUUUAUAUUUUUUUUAUACAUACAAAUAUUAAUUACUGACCAUGAAAAAAUGAUGACCGCAAUGGCAAGAUUACCCUGCAAAACAUCCGGCUCAAAUGAGUACCAGCAACACCACCAGCGACAAAGCAGCGCAAGUGGAAAUUUGUUUGCCGGCAACACUGCUAGAACAAACUUCUGGGACAUCCAGACAAGACAAUCUAAUCCGACUUACGUCAGGUCCCAGCACAGACAAAUUGACCAUACAGGAAAAAGAAAAAGCGCAGUAGAAUUACUUCAAGAAUCAAAAGCAUUUUACGUUAAAAGUGAGAUAGUGUUAGACAGAAAACAAGAAUUGAAGAACAGCGGACACCUUCAAGUAGCAGCCUCGACAGCGGCAGGUGCUCCGCCGCGGUUAUUACGCAAAUGCAAUACACUGACCUGCAAUAUACCGUCUCAAGGAUCCUCGCAGUCUGCAACAUCUGGUCCCUGCUGCUGGUCCAACUGUCAAGACAAUGUCCUAUUGAGUCCACAACGUACACUGCCACCAGCAUUGCCACCCAAAAGUCCACGACUAAUAUGUUCACUACCGCAAAGACGCGCAAUAUCCGGACCACCAAGCAGCAACGGUGGCGACCAAUUACAAACAAAAUUAAGGAGAUUAUUAGUUAAUACUGACAGCAAGGAAAACGUUUUUUUUUCUUCAGAUAAUCCGACACUUUUGUCACCUAUUGGGCAUGAGCAUUCAAAUACUUUGGACGUAAGACUGAAGUUCGGCCGCAGCAAUUCGCAUUCAUCUGGAAAAACAACCCAAAGAAAAUUAAAUAUAUCACCUCCAGCUGAUACAACUUGUCAUAAAUCAUUGCCGGAUUUACAUACAAGUGUCCGACGACGUUCUUCACUGUCACCACGAGCUUCUAUUAAAUCACAGCGAUCAGGAUCUAAAACAACCUCAUUGACCACCAGCCAUCACCACUUGACUCCUGAUUGCGAGACCAGUUCUGAUUACUCUGAGCAUAGUUUCAAGCGAGACUCCAGUUGCUAUCGCAGCUCGAGACACAUAAGAAGAUCGAUGGGAUCCGGCGGCUGCGACGCCAGCAGUGUAUUAAGUUCCGGGGGACGUACGCAGAAAUCAUCUGGGUCAAGUAAAUUGAGCCACGGUGCCAACGCCAGGGACUCUGGAGGCUCUUCAGGGCAUUGCACUCAUCGCAGUGAGCCUCCGCCAAGGAUACAGGAUUGUUGGAGUCAUGUUAGACGAGACAGCGGGGCGUCUACUCAGCACUCGAACGAGCACCCGCGUUCUCGAAGAGGGAGCUACAUAAAUAUCCACACGACCACCGUCAUCAGGACAUACAGUCCCGGGUCUGAAAGUAGUGACAGUCAGACUGACUAUAGUCCUACGUGCAACUCCAGAUUUUCCGACGGCUGGAAGGAAAACCGCAACCGAACAAUCCUGAGGUCAAAGUCAGACAUAAGCGACCGGUACUAUCGCGAGAACCCGCUGCUACACCAGCGAAAACCACGGAUAAACCCGCCGAGGUCUCUCACCGAGCUGGAGAAUUUCUUCGACCGACUUGGCCUUGACACUGAGAAUUACGAGCAGAUAACGGUACCAGGUUCCAACGCCUCCUCGCCGGUCUUUUUCGAGAGCGUCAGCUCUGUGGAUUCCGCGCUGGGCCUUCAUCCUUGGACCGGCAAUAAUCAGUCAAGCAAUGGGACCGGGCAGAACUGGCCCGGCGGUGGGAAUGCUACUGGUAAUUGUCUCACUGCUCAAGAUGACACCAGCCAGCGUGUCAGUGAUCCACCGAGUAUUGUCGAACGCAAUGCCAGAAUUAUUAAAUGGCUGUGUCAGUGUCGUAAAGUCCAGUUUGGUUAUACUUAAGUUUUUUAUUUUUAUUUUAGAGGUUUUUAUUUUGUGCCAUUUUUUUAAAAUCAAUUUUUGAAUUAUUGA